UUCAAAUGGUACGAGACAAAGUGAAGCUAUUAGGAAUUUGGCAGAGUCCUUUCACCCUUCGUGUGAAAUUGGCAUUAAGUCUCAAAGGAGUUGAAUAUGAAUACGUUGAAGACGAUAUCUUAAAUAAAAGUCCGAUGCUUUUGCAAUACAACCCAGUGUACAAAAAGGUUCCUGUUCUUGUGCAUAACGGGAAGCCAAUCGUCGAGUCACUCAUGAUAAUGGAAUACGUAGACGAGAUAUGGAAGGAUCAUCCGCUACUUCCUGAAGACCCUUUUGAGAAGGCGAGAUAUCGUUUUUGGGCUAAAUUUGUUGAUGAUAAGUUUGUGCCGAUGAUCAUUAGGAUGUUGCGAAUUACACCUGACCAGAAAGAAAAUGCUGCAAAAGAAGCCCGUGAGAUACUCAAGACCCUUGAGAGUUGUCUGAACCCAAACAAACCCUUCAAUGGAGGCCAAAAUUUAAGCUUUAUGGAUAUUGCAAUUGUUUGGGUUGGAUACUAUGCUCAAAUGCUCGAGAAAAUGCUACAUGUUAUACUUUUGGAUGAUGAGAACACACCUUUGUUGAACAUGUGGUUUAGAUAUGUUCUUGAUCUUCAAGUUAUUAAAGAGUGUCUCCCCCCGUUUGACAAACUCGUAGCGCACUACACAGAUUUUCAUGAACGACACAUGACUGCGCACUAAAGCUUAAGGUUUGUACCGAUGAAGUUGUGUUGCUUGUUCAAUAUUAUUAUGUGUUGUUGAAUAAGUUGAGAGAAAUUAAUGUUUUGGUCAUUAGGUGUCAUGAGACUUUAUUGUUAGAAAAUAAUGGAAAAUGAGUUUUUCCUUAAGUGAGAAAGAUGUUUCUCAUUAACUUUAGAUAGAAAUUAUUAUGUGUA